CCUCCACUUCCUUCUCACUCAUCCCACCCCUUUCUCUCUCUAACCAAACCCUACUCCCAAUUUCUAGUGAGAGAAAAUGGCUCUCCUCGCUGUAAUAGCCUGCAUUGCUACAAUUGUUUCAGUCCUGCCACCACCAAUUGAGGCGAGGAUUCCCGGCGUGUACUCCGGCGGUGGCUGGCAGGGCGCCCACGCCACCUUCUACGGCGGCAGCGACGCCUCCGGCACUAUGGGUGGGGCGUGCGGGUACGGGAAUCUGUACAGCCAGGGUUACGGAGUGAACACGGCGGCGCUGAGCACGGCGCUGUUCAACAACGGCUUCAGCUGCGGGGCAUGCUUCGAGAUAAAGUGCGCCAACGAGAAGCAGUGGUGCCACGCUGGCAGCCCUUCCAUCCUGGUCACGGCCACCAACUUCUGCCCGCCCAACUACGCCCUGCCCAACGACAAUGGCGGGUGGUGCAACCCGCCCCGUACCCAUUUCGAUCUCGCCAUGCCCAUGUUCCUCAAGAUCGCCGAGUACCGCGCCGGAAUUGUCCCCGUCAACUUCCGCAGGGUGGCAUGUAGGAAGCAAGGAGGUAUAAGGUUCACAAUAAACGGGUUCCGUUACUUCAACCUGGUUUUGGUAACCAACGUCGCGGGUGCAGGGGAUAUCGUGAGGCUGAGCAUAAAAGGUACGAGGACUGGUUGGAUGAGCAUGAGCAGAAACUGGGGUCAAAACUGGCAGUCAAACUCUGUUCUGGUUGGUCAGUCACUUUCCUUCAGGGUCACAGGCAGUGACCGACGCACUUCCACCUCAUGGAACAUUGCUCCCGCCAAUUGGCAAUUCGGUCAAACAUUUGUUGGAAAGAACUUCAGGGUUUGAAUUUACCGAUUUACCCCUAGGGCUUUUACGGAAUUUUGAAAAAGAGGAGGAGAGAGAAGGUAUUAUGAAUUUGGAGUUUGUUUCUCUGUUUUGAGUUUUGGAGAGAGAGGAAGAAAAGGCUGAGGCGGCUGCACAAAAUACUGUAGCCCGCAGUUUCUAUAAAAUUUAAUUACAUAGUUUUCUAUUUGGGUAAAUGGUGUGUGAUGGUAUUUUUACUUUCUUUAUUUUAAUGGAAAUGCUUGUUUUUUUUCA